UUUGCUUUUCAUAGUUGUCAUUUGUAACCUGUCUGAUUUAAUUUUGUAUUAUGAAAAAUAGUAUGCCGAAGUGCAAGUCGAAAAGCAUGUUUCAGUUUAAAUCGUUAAGAGAACGAAUUGCCGAGAUAGAUAUACGUCGGUCCGCCUUAUACUCUAUUGGUCAUGAGAAUGAAGAAUUAGAAAACGACCAGUCGCAUUUCCAUGAGGCGGUUCAAAAAUGGCGUGUGCUCAACUUGACUGAGGAUUUUCAGCAGUUUAUAAUGCCGAUUCGCUCGAUUGUUUCUUUGCCUCAACUGUUACAUAAAAAGACUUUCGUUCUUGAACAUUUGUUAAUGUGUUUACAGAAGGCAAGCUGUCUUUCUAUCCAAGCUCUGCUAGAGAUUUUAGUGGCCUUGGCUAAGGAUUUAAGAGCUGAAUUUUGCCCCUAUUUUUUUCAAUUUUUUGACAAGCUAAUAGUUCUUCUUGAUACUAGAGAUUCUGAAAUUUUGGAACACACGUUUCUGUGUUUAGCGGUUUUGCUAAAAACCCUACGUGGCUUUUUACGAAAAAAGCUGGAUCAGAUUUUUAAAAGAUUGGUGCAAAUGUUAGAAGAAUCAAAGCCUUUGUAUAUAACAAAUUUUGCGGCUGAAUGCUUCGGAUUUCUCGCACGUGAUAUUGCAAACAAAAAAGAACUUAUAUACAUGAUUUCAACAGCUGCUGGUAAAAACUCAAGCUUGUCAUCUAGUUGCGGCAGAUUUCUAUUUGAAAUUAUGCGUGGAAUCAACGGACAACUUCACAGCUGCGCCGAACAGUACUGGAGGCUUUUACUACUAGAAGUGAUUAACGAGAAACCAAAUAGGGAAAACGAUUUUGAUCCUCAGUAUCUACAUAAUAUUCUAAUUCAAACAGUAACAGAUAUGCUACAAUGCGUUGAACCUGAUAACAUGGAACCGUUUUGGAGAGUAAUAUAUACAGCUUUAGACAUCCAUUUAGUAAAUAAUCCAAUUUCAAAUGAAAUGGCUUUUCAUUGUAUUCUUCAAUUGAUUGGUUUAAUAGCUGAAUAUCAGCAUGGAAACUACUUACAAAAUAUCCCAUGUUUAAUUGGAAAACUGAUCAAAACAAUUGAUGGAACAGAAUCAGAAGCAAUUCUGUCGACUAUUUCCAAAAUCGCAACUUUAUUGAUGUCGAGUAAUCUAUGCAUGACCCAGCUGGAAGUUAGUCGUUUGACAAAAAAUGUUAUGACGCUUGGUACUCGCUCCAGGAAUGUAUUUGAAGAAUUUGUCCUGAACGUGGUCGAUAGUUCGAUGUUUGAAAUACUGGUGUUGCCGGAUUAUUUAAAAUAUUUGGAAAAAGGCGUCGAUUUUCGCGGUUUGAAAUUAUUAAUGAAAAUUGUGCUACAAAAAUCUCGUCCCUGUAAAAGUGGAAUGGAUCUAAAUAAUUGGAAAAGAAUUCCGAUUAAACUGAAAUGUGAUGAAGCAAUUAGGAAAAUUUUACAAGUAAUUCUUGGAGGCCAACGAGCUGAAAAUCAAGAAAACUUUUACGCCUGCAUAACAUUGCUUCCUCAUUUAAAGGAUUUUGAUAUAGAUAACAAGAUUUUGUAUGCGUUGGAGAAGGAGGUGUAUUCGACAUUGGUUAUAAUUAACGCUAAUCCGGAAAGCUGUUAUAUUUCAGCAUUGAGUACUUUGAUUGAAACCCUUGUUCACUUAAACUACCCGGACAUUCAGUUGUUUUUGGAAACUGUUAAGCGUUUGCUGCCGGUUAUUACAAGCAGCCGAAAAGAGUCUUUAAUUAACAUAGUCAAUUUGUGUUUGGUUCAUAUAAGCCUUAAAAAGUCAGAAGUACUAGACGAUGUGCUCUUCAAAGAUGUGCAUGCUCAUUUAUGUGAAUUUUUGGCUUCAAUACAUCAUUGCACCAGACUGCUAGUUACGCACACUUUCACGUUAUUCAGCAAACUUACAACAUUCGCCUUAGAUGCUGAUAGCGAGACAUUAUUCAGCCUACUACAUAGUAUUGAAAGUAUUGAACCAGACAUUCACAACUACAGAAAGCAAGUGAUGUUGUUGAAAAAACUAGAAUAUGAUUCAAAUUUGUUCCAGACUAUUAAGAACCCAGAGUUUCAAGUGGAUGCUAUGCGCACUGUUAUAUCGUUGCUUUCAAUAAAUUUUAAUCUACUUUGGAAGCCAGCCAGUGAAGUUCUCCUAACAUAUGCUGAAGGCUUUAGUGUUAAAGACUUUUGGAGCGUUUACAAACAGCAACUAAACUGUACUUUGGAAGUUGCGAAUAAUAAUGUGUUCUCAGAUAUUUGUCAGAAACAACACAGCAAUUAUGAAAAUCAAUCAAUCAACGACCAGUACGAAAAGAUUGAUUAUCUUAACUAUCGAGUCCAGUUGUUAGAUUGUUUGUCAAGAUAUAGCAGAAUUUUCGAAGCCAAAAAUCGGGAUAUUGUAGAAUCAUUCCUUCGUUUUCUGGAAGAGGAAUAUCGGCCUAAAAAAUCUAGUGCGGGCGAAAAAAACGAGGAUACACCCAAAGCUACACAAAAAAUAUUAAUCGCUUAUCUAAACAUAUUUUCCAAUGUGAGAGAUCCAAGAACGAUUUUUAAAGCACGGCAAUUAUAUGAGAUAUUCCUAGAGCUUUUAUGCCAUCGUAGUUCUGAAGUACAACGGUUAGCUCUAAGUUGUAUAUUUACUUAUGAUAACCCCGCUUUCAUGCCAUAUAAGGAAAAUCUCUAUCGUUUAAACUGCAGUAAAAGCUUUAAGCAGGAAAUAAUCACUUUCUUCAAGCGGAGCAUGGACGAAGAAAAUGAACAUAGAUGCAUAAUACAGGACAAUCACCGAAGUGAGGUUAUACCUUUGGUUAUGAAAAUAUUACAUACUAAAAUGAUUGAUAGGACGACUCCGGCGGAACUGAAAAUGUUGAUUGUAAGGUUCUUAGGAAAUUUUAAAGAAGAAGAGAUUAAGUUAUUUAUCAACAUGUCAUUCGAUUGUUUCGAAAAACUUUUAAAGACCCAUCCUAUGGAAACGUAUAUAUUUAUCAAAUCUGAAGAUCAACGUCCCGAAGAUCUAACUAUCCAUCGUCUACAAGCAUUGAUAUCUUUGCUUGAAAAUAUUUUUGAGGAAGUGGCUGCUUUAAAGAACGAAAACUUUAUACAAUAUUUACUGCACGUGAAAUUUUGCAUGGAUGCAAUUUUUCUACAGAUGGAUCACUCGCUAGUAAAGCAUCUCAAAUCGCAAGCAACGCUGAAUUUGGUAAAUUUUUUUAGUCAUUACAAUAACUAUGAAUGGUCCGCAGAAGAAAUCGAAGCUGUUUUCUUGAUUUAUGUGUGGCCGAAUCUAAAUAAACUGGACAGUGAUUCGAUCCAUUCUCCAACACCCCUUCUAAAACUGUUUUCGGCUUGGAGCACAAAUUUACGAUAUUUUCCUCUACUUGUAAAACAUGGACAAACUUCACCACUUGAUAUAAGCUGCACGCCUCUUGAAAAAAUAAUAAAUCUAUUGACAAACGGAAAGGCCAGUGAUGCCGUUUGUCAAGAAAUCUGCAGAUUGAUCAUUAGCAUGUUAUCCAUGGAAUCAACAGACAACGGAAAUGGUUACGUCUUACCGAUGCAAAACAUGCUUAUUUCUGAUAAGUACGAUGUAAAUGAAAAGCAAAAUGUAGGCUGUUUACUGCUAUCCGCUUAUUUUAUUGAAAUUUUGAAUUAUAUUCAAAAAGUUAUGAAAGAAAACAGAUCUAUUUCGAAAGACCUCCUAAACAUACUAUCUUAUGUUUCUGAAUAUGCCAAAGAAAGCAUUUUAUGCGAUACAUUAGCAGACAUGUUGUUUCCUAUGAUAACCAGAAAAUGUUCCCUACAGAAAGUUGAUUCCGAAUUAAUACGGGAGCUGAUUCAAGUUCUAAAUAAGUUGCUGCAAUUUGUCUCGCACGUAGAGAAAUAUAAGCGACAAAUUGGAUUGUUGUUGGAGCGGGUUAAUGAUUUAGAUGCUCGUAAAGUUGUACUUCAAAUAAUUGAUUUGCUAGUUCGUAAAUGCGAUGAUGCAGAACUCGUUCGGUACACAUUCAUACUCCAUGAUUUAAAUGCAAUGGAUAAACGUUGGUUGGACCAACCAGAUUUUAGUCGUCGGUUGAAUGCUUUCCGUAAAAUGAAUGAACUAGCAAAGGAGGAAACUGUGAUUAAUGUGGAAGCAGUUAUUUGGAUCGUGCAUCAAUGCUUCUAUUACCUUAAAAUAGAUCAUGAUUUGGCAAUUCGCGAUAAUGCAAACCAGUUUUUACGAACAAUUGCUAUCCAUUGCAUUAAAACACAACAUUCGGCUAAAAGGGAUAGCGUGCAAUAUUUAAUUGAGCGUGUGAUUCUACCGGCUUUGAUUAGGGGAGUAAAAGAUAAAAAUGAAACUGUUAGAUACGAAAGCAUUCAAUUACUAGGCGAAUUAAGCCGUCAGUGCGCCGAUUAUCAUUACGUUUUUGCCGAUUUGCAUCCUUUUACAAAUGAAAUAGACCGUGAAAUAGAUUUUUUUGAUAAUAUAACUCAUUUACAAUCCCACCGUCACCGUCGUGCUUUGAAACGAUUCCACAAAAUUAUGAAGAGUUUAGACAAAACUCCGUCUACCCGUACUUUAGUUGAUUUCGCACUUCCUAUAGUGUCGACCUAUUUAUGUAAUGAAUCGUACAAGAAGAAAGCAAAACUCACUGAAGCAGCUGGAAAAUGUGUAGCUUUGAUAGGUCGAAUGCUACCUUGGCCAAGCUAUAAAAUGCUGCUUAAGCAAUAUCUCAACAGGAUGAAACAUAGCAUUGACUAUCAAAAACAACUUAUAAAAAUAGUUGUAGGACUGCUGGAUAACUUCCGUUAUGACGUGUUUACAGCGAAAGUAAAUUGUAAAUCCACGCAAUUAUUUCUUAAUAAUACUAUUGUUGAAGAAAGCGCAAAAAAAUUAGAUAAUGAUGAAAACGGUGAAGAUAAAGAAAAUUACGACGAAGAAAAUCAGUUCUCAAAUGCACCACUUUUAAAGGAGGAUAAAGAAGUAUCCAUAAUAGAUGAUAUUUUGAAAGGACUGAUACCGGAUCUAUUUUCCGCUAUACACUACAAAGAAAUGUCAGAUACUAUUAAAUUAAACGAACGGAAAGAACGGUACGCACGAGAAAAAAGGGAUAUGCUCAAAAUUCCCCUUGCAAUCGCCAUUGUCAAACUUUUUCAAAAAUUGCCAGAUUGCGUACUGGAACAAGAGCUACCAAAAUUAUUCAUUAGAGUAAUUAAUUUUUUGAAAUCGAACCUUAAACAAGUACGUAGUACUGCACGUGAAACAUUAAAGAGUAUGCUAGUUGCUGUUGGACCCGAAUAUCUGAAAGCUAUUCUAGAUGAUCUAUCUGCGAUUCUGAAACGUGGAUUUCAAGUUCAAGUACUAACAUCCGUAGUCUAUACUCUACUGGAUGCCGUAAAAGACCGGUUGAGUGCGCCAAUCAUUGACGACAUUAUGCAACUUGUAUUAAAUAUGUGCAUAAAUGAUAUUUUCGGACUGUCGUCUGAUGGAAAAGAUGUAAAUGUUUUUUCCGGUAAAACUUCGGAACGAAAGUCCAGUAAGAAGAGCUUUUUAAUCUUAUACAUAAUGGCUAAUAAGAUGAGCGAAAAAUCUACGUUGGACUUGAUUAUCCCGUUUAAGCAAGUUAUUAGCAAAACAAACUCGAGAAAAACCAUCGUAAAGGCACAAGAAGUGUUAAGCAAAAUAGCUGAUGGUAUUUGCUGUAAUUCCAACAUAACUGUCGAGUCGUUACUGACGUUGGUCUAUGGAAUAACUAGUGAAAACAUUCCAUAUCUUGUAUGUGAUAAACGAAAGAUUACACUUUCAGAAAGGCAAAUGGAAAAUAGGAAACGUGAAAUCCAAGAUAUUCAUUUGAUUCCUGUAGAACCAAGACGAAAAAGCGCAACGUUUCAAAAUGUAUCUGCAAGCGCAACAAAUGCAAAUACUCACAUUCUCGUUGAAAUGGGUUUGGAGAUAUUGGACACACUUCUAAGAAGGAGUCAAAUUUCAUUGACAGAAUAUGACGAGUUUCUGGUGCCACUAAUACCUUUUCUCGUUGAUUCUAUGAAUAGUAACCACAUUAAAAUUAUCACGCUUUCAGUAAAAUGCAUCGCUUCAAUUUGGUCGAUUAAAACUGAAAUUCCUUGCGUUGUGAACUCUGUAGCGAUAGUCGUGGAUAAUCUGCUUAAACUUUUACAAAAAUAUGCUGCUUCAGGGAUAGCACGCACAGAUGAAAAUUUCCAUUUGAUAAAAAAUUGUUUUAAAGCAAUUGUUACAUUAAUGAAAUUUGUGAAGUAUUUUACAAUAAGCACUGCACAAUUAAAACUGCUAUUACUUUAUGUUGAGCAAGAUCUCAUGCAUCCAGACCGACAACAUAUGGCUCUGAUAUUAUUACGCUCUAUCGUAGGAAGGAAAUUAGCGUGCGAAGAAAUGGUUUCGAUUAUAAAGAAGAUUGCGGAUCUUAGCAUUAUGAAUGACAACGAUAAAUUCAGGGAAGAGUGUCGACGUGUGGUGCUCGACUAUUUGAUAGGCUACCCGCUAGGAUCCAACGUGGAACACACAGUUAAUUUCUACGUUAGCCAGUUGGAAUAUGAAAUGCUUUCCGGUCGCGAAUCUGCAGUUCUCAUGCUUCAAGCAAUGUUUAAAUCAUUUCCAAUGGAACUGCUUAGCAAAAAAGGAAACUAUUUGUUUUACGCACUCGGCAUUCGUCUAAUCAAUGAAAAAUCUGCCGAUUGUAAAAUUUUAGUGGCAACGAGCCUAGAAACUUUACUGUCAAUAUUAACUAAAAAGCAACGUGACAAUAUAGCAAAUUUAGUACUAGUUAUGCUAAGCGAAACAAAACUUAGUGAACGAGAGCUCGCAGCGCAGUUCCUUAUACGCAUGAUAAAUGUCGAAAAAGAAGCUUUCAUGCUACGAGCUAAAACAGUACUACCAGCGUUACUUAAUUCUAUGGUAGCUUUGAAAUCAGAAAGUGCUGGUAAAUUUGUCCUAUUAAAGCAAAUUGAAAUUCAAGAUUAUGGCGAGGAGUUUCAAGAUUUGAAAGAUCACUCAUUGUACCAAAUCUUAAAUGUUUUUAGUAAGUUAUUUGAAGUGUGCCCACAAGUUAUUUAUGAUGAAAAUUAUGCCAAUACGAUGGACGAACUAGCGUAUAGUCUCCAAUCGUUGCUCAGUUAUGGCCACCAGUGGAUUCGAUAUGCUUCACUACAGUUAAUAGGCGCUUUUCUUGCCAGCAUAGAUACAACAAAAGUCCAAGCGAUUUUGAAAGGCGAGCAGUGUUCAUUUAAACAUCGAUUUAUUUACAAUAAUCCGACGAAAGCAAUCCGUUCUCUUGUUUUGGAUAUGUGCAGUCAACUUAACCCUGGACAAACAGAUGAAGAAACAGCAAGUCUCAUUGUUAAAAAUUUUGUGAUACUCUGUUAUAUUCUGGCAGACAUGCCGUUUGAAUCUAGCAAUGAUGAAAAGAGCAAAGAUAUCAAUUUGAAUUGGAUAAUGCGAAGGGUUCGAUAUGUCAUACAAAGCGAAGUAUCCAAAACUCCAAAAUCUAUUGUACUACGAAACAACAUGUUUAAUCUAUUUGAUUCAGUAAUUGAUUUGACGAACUCCAACACCAUGCGUUUAGUGGCCCCCUCGAUGAUGUCGCCAAUGCUACGGGAGUUAAAUGAUAAAGAUCAUCUUAACGAAGAGUUAAAAACAAAAAUCACAGCGCUAAUGCGCAAAAUUAGGACGAAAAUCGGCCUAGAAAACUACGAUGUGAUUUGUCUUAAUAUAAAAGCAAAAAUAGAAGGAAAGCGUCGAGCUCGACAUCUAUCUAAAGCUGUAGAAAAGAUUAACAAUCCUGUACAGGCAACAAAAAGGAAACAAGCUAUGAAAGACAGAAAGAAGUUAGCAAAGAAACGUAAACUUGAUACACAACAAGUGAUCAAUCGAGCUACGAAAAAACCACAUAAAAUCCGACGACUUGAAGAUUUGUUUCAAAAUUAAUUUAACUCACCAACUCAAUUUAAUUCACCGUUGAAAUA